AGCAGCCCAGCUCGAAAACCGAUUCACACCAACCAACAGACGCUAAUCGCCGGGGCACCUUUGUUAUAGAAAAGCCAAGUGGGCCUGAAGACCUGGAAUCGUGCUCACCCACUAAGAAAGACACAAAUAUGGGACAGAAGCCAACGAAGACUACAACUUCGCCAUUGACUAGUCGCCUGCACUCCAUUACUAGUAGACAGCCUCAUGUACGUCUGAGACGUUCGUUGCCGUAUAUAGAUUCAAGACGAGCGCCACAAUAUCUUGCGUUAGGGUCCGAUCGGAUUGUGUCUGGAACGCAGUCAUCAUCGAACAAGACACCAACUAGAGCGUUAGCCUCUCAGCCUGUGGAGACAGAGUCGGAGCAUAUUGUGCCUGAAACUCAAGUGCAGGAGAAUAUUCAACAUGUGGACAACGCAGUCGGAUCAAUAACGCCGCCGCUUGCUGUUAGUUGUGGCAUCCAAACUUCGUGCAUACCGGAAAGUGUAGAUACUGCGAGUAAGAGCCGAGCUUUGGAGGAGAGUGACGUUGGGGUUGAGGAAAGUGCAUUUCCGCUCAACUUGGCGCCUGCCGUUGGCAACAAAACCAGGCGAAGUCUCCGGCAAAAGCAAGAUAAAAGCCAGGAGAAGACGACCCAGUUGCUUGAUCUUCAUCGUACGCGCAGGAAUGCUUCACCAGAGCGGCGUGUCCAGAGGACGAAUCAGCCUCCACUAAAUAAGCCAGUUCUGCAGGCCAUCAAUGGGGAAGAGUUUGCAGAGGAGCUUGCGCGUAUGACCAACAACGAGAUUCUCGAUUUGCGAAAACGAAACUCUCUGGGCAGAAUCCAUCACCAACAAGUGUUCACCAAGGAACAGCAGCUGGCUUUGGAGCAGAGCAUACAAAUGGAAAUGCUGCGUCGUAAUCUGAGCGGUCGGGGCGAUGGCUUGCCCAGCAAAGUGACUGCAACCAGUCCAGAAUUGACUGCUCAAAAGAACGUUAAUAAAUCCCCUCCACAACCAGAUUUGCCUAAGGAUUCGCUUCAGCUGCCACGACGAUCGCGCUCCAGGCUCCGAGGCAUACCCAUUACUACUGAGCUGCAAAACUAUCUGGAGCUGCCUACCACUAUUAGGAAGAGACUGAAGGAGAACGCCAAGAGCGAGACUAAGCGCAGUCUGUACACAAAGGGUGAUUCGGAUAUCGAGGAUGAUCGAUCGCAGCCCCUGCUGGCGCAACAUGGCGAAACCACUGACAGCAUAAAGAUAGCAUCUGCUCCACCGCUGAAUCUAGGCAACAGCAAGGGUGUCGAAGAUAUCCCUAUUGUGCCGCCCCCACCACUAUCCUUACGAUAUUCGCGCAAUUUACGAGAAAGUCAACUUCCGCCAAACGAUACUGCCGUAGCCGAGCAUGUUGAGAAUGUUGCUGCAGAGCAAAGUCAUAGCUCUUGCGCCAUGAUUAUAGAUGAUAUACAAAUUGUGCCGCCUCCACCAGAGUCCCUUCGGUACUCGCGUCAGGUACGCAGAUCCUCUUUGGAGCAGCAAGGGGAACAGGGCACAAAAGUUGCUGAAGAUUCUGGGAUUCUAAGGAAUGCAUCAGUUGUAUUGCCUCCAGCAGGCUCGAAUCGAUUAAUGCACACGUCUUUUGAGGAUACCAUCGAGGUGCUAAGCUCAGAGGAUAUUCAACAAAACCAAGCAGAAUCAUUGGACCAUCCUCAAGUUGUUAAAGGAACGGAUAAUAUACUGCUGCCGUCGGCUCAAGACAGUAGUAGCAGCUAUAUGGAGGAGCUGCGCAUGCAAACACCAACUCCACCAUCAUCAGCCCUUGAGUUUGACGAGCAACCGAGCACCAGCAAAGCGGCUCGAGAAGCUCUAAUAUUGUCAAGCAUUCGGCAACAGAAGAAAGUGAAACCAAAUUCCAGACCAAAAAAAUCCACAGGAGACAAGAGUCUAUUUAAGAAACCGACCUUACCGGCACCAAGAGUUAGUAAAAGGGCUUCAAGCUUAAGCAGAGAGUUGCAAAAUCUACGCAUAACAACAGGAGAUCAGACGUUGCCACCGCUGAACGAUGAAACAGACACUAAUGAUGUAACAAAUGGAGUACGCAAAUCAAAACGCGGCCAAGUUCCACUGCGCAACACAUGGGUUCACAGCGUUAGUGAGCCCUUCAAGGCUACAUUUUUUGAGCGCGCGAUUAUCGACUCCAGUGUGCGAAAGCGCAAGGGAAAGUCGAAAUCAGACCAAAGCACUCGUAGCAGUACGACGCAUAAUGAGAAUACAUCUUCGACUUCGCGCGGCCAUACAAGGCCGCUAAAGCGUAAGCGGCAACCCGAAGAAGACUUUGGAGAAUCGGGAAUUUCGCCACUGCCUGAAAUAAUUGAAGAAGAGGAGGGGCAAGAAACAGAACACAACAGUCCUAAAUCAAGUGUAAUAGAAAAUGAAAUGGCCCGAAAGAGAAGUCGAUGCCAAACAUUAAAAUCAGAUUCAGUCACUGAAUGCGAAGUUGCAGCAGAAGCUGAACCCGCAGUCCAAGCAGAAGCCUUACAAUUACCUGAGCAAAUGGAGUCUGGAGAAGAGCUGGUGUCUGAGCCGCCUAGGUUGGAUGCGUCCCAAACACAACUCCUGCAGAUGGCAAACUUUCUACGCGGAGUUGAGAUGGCACCGGAGGCUGAAGUUAUUGCGGGAAAUGUGUGUGACGACAGUAUAAUACGCUUUACAUCUGUGAGUGACUUGAAGUUCAUUAAUUUGGAUGGCAUUGAAUACAGCUUCUAUAAAACAGAGGAAUUGUGGGGCAUGGGCUACAUGCGUUUCCAGCCACUGCAAGCGCGCGGCAUGAAGCGCAACAAGACUAAUACCUUGCGUUUUCUUUCGCUCGUUGGGGAGUUUGUUGUUGAGGUGCAGAAAGACUCAGAAAACUUACAGACAUACGUCUUGAAAUCGGGUGAUUUCAUUGAGAUUAAAAUAGGCAGCCGUUUUAAUAUCAAAAACAACUUGAACGAAAUCAGUUUACUGAUUGUGAAUCGUAAGUGAAUGGUAGUUAUGUAUGCUUGUAUUUACAUCAACAUAUUCACUUAACUUCCACCAAUCAAAAGAGAGAUAUCCAGAAAAUACACAUAAA